AUGUCGUGGAUUUCACUUGAAUUUGCCUUUCAAAUGAUAGUCCCUGUUUUGACUUCAAUGUUCGUGCACCUUGCCAAAAAUCAUUUCGGAAGCGAAUUACUUUUGGACGACAUUCAAGCAUCCUGUUACAAAAUUCUUGACAGCCUUUACUUAGUUAAUGGGCUUUCGAUAGCUUAUUCGCAACGGCGUUCAAUUCAAAUUGAAGUUGAAAGACAUCGCGCAGCUUUGGGACAAUGCCUGGGUGCAUUUGCUGCUACUUUUCCCGUAGCAUUUUUGGAAAAUGAAUUUAAUUCCUCAAAUAAAUUGUCGGUGUUGGCUAAAAGUAGAGAGCAAUCUGUUCAAGUUCAAGAGAUGCUUCAAAAUCUUUCACAACAUAUUCCACAAUUAGAUAAAAUCCUUCUUGACAUUGAACAAACUGCUGAGAAGGGUUUUCUGUACAUUGAUUCUCCAAAUACAUUUGAUGUUGAUUUGCCUCUAAUUUGUUCAUAUCUAGCAUAUUGGUGGCAGUUUGGUCCAGAGGGUCCUAAUCGGCCCUCACUUCCAAUAACUCAAGUCAGCAGUGAACACAUAAACCGUUUCUUUUGUUCGCUUCUUCGAUUGAUGCGUGAUCAUAUUGGAAGAGAAGUUGCUCCGUGGCUUUGCCGUGCACAUUCCUCAGCUGUUCCUUUAAUUCAAUUUGUUAGUUGUGAUCCAGUUAAAGAUUAUUUGUUGCCUGUUGCUGAACAUUUGAGAAAUAUGGCAGAGAAGGCAUAUACUGAAGAGGAAAGAAUGAGAACACAUCCUGAUGAAGCUGAUGAUGCAGCUGUGGCUGAGGAUAAUGCUCGUCUUGUCAGAGAUGUCUAUGCCUUUUUCCCAAUAUUAAUGAAAUAUACUGAUUUACAUCGUGCUAAAUGGUUAAAGACUCCUUCGUGGGAAAGUGAUGGAAUUUAUGAAAAUGUUGCCGUUAUCUUUAGGAUAUGGUCUUUAAGUCAACAUUUCAAAAGAGAGGAGCUUAACUAUAUGGCUCAAUUUGAGGAUAAUGAUACAGAAGAUGGAGGAGGUGCUGGAGGUGAAAUGAAGACUGGUAAAGCAGCAAUUGCUGAACGAAAGAAAAGACGCCGCGAAGGGCAAGUUCGUCGUAAUAAGCAUGCAAAUAGCAUAGUAAUUGCUUGUCUUAAACGGCUUCUUCCUGUUGGAUUAAAUGUUUUUGGUGGAAGGGAAUUGGAUAUUGUUCAACAAAGCAAGGAACGUUUUCUGGCAAAAGAAAAUGAGGAUAAAGUUAGAGAAUUUAUUAAAGGACGUCUUUUACUUCCUGUGCGUACUGAUCCAACAGACAAAAAUGCCUGGCAAUUAAAUUUAUAUCGAAAAAUUGGAAAAUCACAAAUGCGUGGUAAAGAAGAAAUGAGUCAUGAGGCGGUUGUUGACAAAAUUGUAAAAAUGGGGCAAGUAGUUGCGAUUCUACACACGACCGAACAUCCUCAAUCUUUUAAACCCUCUGAAUGGAAGAAAAUGGUCAGCAAUCAAAGAAAACGUGCAGUAGUUGCUUGUUUUCGGAUGAUUCCCGUCUACAGUAUUCCGAGGCAUCGUGGUAUCAAUUUAUUCCUGCCUGUAUUCAGUCAAAAAUGGUUAGCGGAUGAAGACGUUGACCAAGAUAGAUUAGUUGCCGAUGUUUGUGCUAGUAAUACACCUGGAGUAGCAUCUACUACUAUACGAUCUAUUGAAUCGGCUUCACCAGUUGUUGCACAUCUUGUAGAAGAUGAGACUGGGCUUCUCAAAAUUGAAGAAGGACCAAACGAAAAACAAAGUAACACAAAUCCUGAUGCUCUGAGUCAGCUUAUUCAAUGUUUUCAAAGAGCAGCCACUAGUGAGGAGAGUGGGAAUCAAUCUUUUAGCACUGCGGAUGACAAAUUAUUUAUUCGCUAUGCUAAAGUUAUGUGCCGUUCUGUCCAUAUUGACAAAGAAGAUGAGGAUGGAGGUGGAGGUGAAAACGAUAAAGAAGUCGAUCAGGCUGAAAAAGAAGAAAUGGUUCAAGCACUUCGUGUCGAACAAGCGGUUCUUGCAAAUAGGGGUGCAGCAAUUAUGUGCUUGAUGUAUCUAAGUGCCGCAAAUGGAGAACCGAAUGAAAUGGUGGCUGAAACGCUGCAAUUGGGCAUUCAUUUGUUAAGUGGAGGAAACAAGGAUAUUCAAAAGAUGAUGCUAAAUUAUUUACAAACAGUAAAGGAUGUUCGUUUCUUCAUUUCUCUAUCAGGAUUAAUGUGUAAAUGUAGUGUUUUAAAUUUGGAAAUGUUUGAACGCCAAAUAAAAGCUGAAGGGUUGGGGAUGGGGGCAGAAUUAGCUGCUGGUGAACAUCAAAAUUUAAAUGAUGCUGACUUUACUUGUUCUUUAUUUCGAUUUUUACAAUUAACUUGUGAAGGCCAUAAUUUAGAUUUUCAAAAUUAUUUGAGAACCCAAUCUGGACAUACUACAAGUGUUAAUUUAAUUAAUUCUACAGUUGAUUAUUUACUUAGACUUCAAGAAUCUGUUAUGGACUUUUAUUGGCACUAUAGUUCUAAAGAAGUAAUUGAUGAAGGAGGGAAAGAAUAUUUUCUUAGAGCCAUUCAAGUAUGCAGUCAGGUAUUUAAUACACUCACCGAAAGUAUUCAAGGUCCCUGUGUUGGUAACCAAAUGACUUUAGCUAAUUCUCGACUUUGGGAUGCUAUAAACGGAUUCUUCUUUCUUUUUGCUCAUAUGAUGGAAAAAUUAUACAAAAAUAGUACACAAUUAGAAUUGUUGAGAGAAUUUUUGAAUUUACAAAAAGAUAUGAUUGUUUUAAUGCUUUCAAUGCUUGAGGGGAAUGUACUUAAUGGCCCAAUUGGAAAGCAAAUGGUUGAUGCUUUAGUUGAAAGUCAACAAUGCAUUGAAAUGAUUAUCAAAUUUUCUGAUAUGUUUCUCAAAUUAAAAGACUUAACAACAUCACAAGCUUUUCAAGAUUUUGAUACUAAUCAUGAUGGAUGGAUUUCACCAAAAGAAUUUCAGAGAGCAAUGGAGGCUCAGAAAAUGUAUUCGAUUGAAGAAAUUACUUAUUUAAUGAUGUGCACUGAUGUAAAUAAUGAUGGAAAAGUUGAUUAUAUGGAGUUUACUGAACGAUUUCACAAUCCUGCCAGAGAUAUUGGUUUCAAUCUUGCUGUUCUCCUUACCAAUUUAAAAGAACAUAUAACAAAUGAUCCUCGACUUGAAAAAAUUGUCGAAAAGGCAGCCUCUCUCCUCGAAUAUUUUGAUCCAUUCCUUGGCCGUAUAGAAAUUAUGGGAUCUGCAAAACGAGUGGAAAAAAUUUAUUUUGAAAUACAAGAAAGUUGGCUUGAACAAUGGGGAAAACAACAAAUUCGUGACUCUAAAAAUGCUUUUCUCUUUAAUGUUCUUCAGGAUGAUGGUGGUGAUCAGGGGAAAUUAGAAGCGUUUAUUAAUUUCUGCGAAGAUACCAUUUUUGAGAUGCAACAUGCCGCUGAGAUUAGUUCUUCUGAAGGAACUGACUCAAAAUUAGAACGGGCUAUGCGGCAACGUGACUAUUUUCUGCAACAAACAACUGCUGGUGAACAUAUAUCCAAUACAUUAAGAGCUGGAUAUAAAUGUGGAUUAUCGGCUUUUACAUUUUUAAAACCUGAGUUUGUAUUUAAUUUUAAUUUUCUUAUUCAAUUUUAUUUUAGAAAUAUUCAAAAGGAAUUGAAAAAGGCAGCAAAGAAAUUUAGGUCAAUGACGUGGGGACAGGUCUUCAAAUCUUUGAUUCGUCUCGGCUUCUCCCUUACACGUUCCUUAGUUAUGUUCAUUAUCUUUUUGCUCAUGACUGUUUUUCGAUUUGUUGUUAACCUAAUGAGCGAUCAUGAAGAUAUACCCCCCGGCCAUGAAGAUGCUGAAAAAUUGGAGGCAUCAACACAUGCCGGCAAAUUUGGGGCUCAUCUUCAUCCGACAACUGCUCCAUCAACUCCAACCUUGUUAAGGGACUAUACCAAAACUUCAACCUUGCAUGAUGUUGAUGCUUUUGGCAUUCAUAUACAUCAUACAGACAGUCGGGGUCACAGUCCUGCUACGGCAGGUCUAACAAAAGAUAACAUUACUUUUUUUACAAACUUUUUUAUAGCUCAAAGCCGUCAAGGUUCUCCACAAAAACAACCUCCACCUAAUGGACCUUCAACAAUUGGAAGGCAUCAAAAGCCAGCAGAUGAAGAGAGUAAAAAACAGUAUUCUGAAGAACCUGCUGAUAAAAGAAAAACAAGUACUGGAAGCCAAAAAGUUCGAAUUUCUCCUUCAAGUAAUGAAAAUGAAGGAAGAAAUGGAAAUCGGCCAUCAUUGGAUAGCACUAUACCUCAAAUGCAUAGACCUAGUAUUUAUGAUUUUCAAUCAUUAUUUGGUGGUGGGGGUUCUGCGUAUUUUACUGAACUUCAACAGCAACAACAACAAUUAUUGGCACAACAACAACACCAACAACAAUUGGCAUUUUACGAGCCUAAAAUAGCCGAACAAUUUAAUUCUCGACGUUCACGUUCUUCUCUUUUAAAUAUUUUGGCAAGAAAUUAUAAAACUGUUGAGAAGAUUACUCUUUGUUUGGCAUUCUUUAUUAAUGUUAUUUUACUUUUCCAUCGAGUUGAUAUUGUUAAUAAUAAUGAAAAGAAGGAUAAUAUUGCACAAAUUGAAGCAUUACAUAAAGGAAAGGGAGAAGAUGAUGAUAAUGAUGAAGAUGAAGAAGGAAAUGUUUUGGAAACUAUUUAUAUUACUGGAAUGACUGUUCCUUAUAUUAGCUACGAGAUUACUGGUUGGAUUCUAUCACAGUUUCUUUAUUGGUUAAGUGUUUUGCAUGCAAUUGCUUCUGUAGCCCUUCUCGUUUCCUUCUACCAACUCAAAAUUCCUUUAAUUACUUUUAAACGAGAAAAGGAAGUAGCUAGGAAAUUAAUGUUUGAUGGUUAUUGGAUUACUGAAGAUGAAUCUGGAAAUGAUGAAAGGGGAAUUAUUGAUACACUUUUUUGGUAUUUGGACAGAAUUGUAAUAAGUUCAAAAUCAUUUCCAAUGAAAUAUUGGGAUAAAUUUGUUAGAAGAAAAACAAAACAAAAAUAUAGAGAACAAGUAGAUGAAGAAACUUUAGAUUUAUUGUUGGGGACUGAAAGAAGUCCUGGCGAUACAUCUUUUGAUUAUCGUUAUUCUUGUUGGCUUUGGACGGGUGUAAUUUUAACAAACAGGCAAUUUCUUUAUCGAGUUUGUUAUUUACUUUGUUCUGUUCUCGGUGUUUUUAUUUCUCCAUUUUUCUACGCCUUUUUAUUAAUUGAUGUUGUUCUUUCAUUUCCUAUGCUCAAAGCAAUUCUUCAAUCUGUUACCCACAAUUUACAACAAUUAAUUUUGACAAUUAUGAUGACUUUAGUUGUUGUUUAUUUAUAUACUGUUGUUGCUUUUAAUUUCUUUAGGAAAUUUUAUGUUCAGGAAGAAGAUGGAGGUGAACCUGAUAGAAAAUGUCAUUUUAUGCUUACUUGUUUUAUUUACCAUUUUUAUGCUGGUGUUCGUGCUGGGGGUGGAAUUGGUGAUGAAUUAGAAUCUCCCUAUGGAGAUGAGUUAGAAUAUGCUAGAAUGCUUUAUGAUAUUUCUUUUUUCUUUUUUGUUAUUAUUAUUCUUUUGGCUAUUAUGCAAGGUCUCAUAAUUGACGCUUUCGGCGAACUUCGAGACCAGCAAGAAUCUGCUACAGAAAAAUUAGAAUCCUCUUGUUUUGUUUGUGAUAUUGGAAAGGAAACAUUUGAUCGAUUGCCUCGCGGUUUCGAUAAUCAUACCAAAAAGGAGCACAAUUUUGCUAAUUACUUGUUUUUCCUUCAACAUUUGGUUAAUAAAGACGAAACUGAAUAUACGGGACAAGAAACUUAUGUACGUGAAAAAUAUGAUAAUCGAGAUUGGGAGUUCUUCCCUGUUGGGGAGUGCUUUAUGAAACAAUAUGAGGAUCAGUUAAUUCAAUCUUCAUAG